CAAAUCGACAUAGCCUGGAUUGACAUUGAAGGUGGAGAAUUCGAGUUCUUGGACCAAUUCUAUCGAGGUGGACCAAUGGAUGAAAAAGGAAUUGUAAUCUGUCAAUUCAAUUUGGAAGUUCAUUCGAAAUUCAAUCCCCCAGGAGCUCAAAACUCCUAUGUUCCAGGAUUCCGAAAUUCCAAGAUUCCAGGAUUCCAGGAUUCCAGGGUUCCAGGUGAUGGUUUCGAAAUUCUGAGAUUGGCGUACAUAAAAAAUAGGUCACGAACUUUAAAAAUUCACGUGAGAAAAAAGUGCUACGCCUAC